AUGGCGGGUAACUUUUGGCAGAGUUCACACUACGAUCAGUGGAUCUUUGACAAACACGAAUUGCUGCGAAUGCGUAGUGAAGAUCUUAAGAUCUAUACUGAAGAAGAAUAUCAAAAAUUAAUGAUAUUUUGGGCGAAUCUUAUUCAAACACUUGCCGUUGAAGGUAUUCAGCAGGGACAACCGAAAACGAGAAUGCAGGUUAUUGCUACGGCAAUCGUAUAUUUCAAGCGUUUUUACGCUCGGCGGUCCUAUAAAGAUGUGGAUCCCCUUCUUAUAGCCUGUGCUUCUGUUUUCCUUUCGUCUAAGGUGGAAGAGCAUGGUUUGAUGUCGAUGUCUAAUUUGAUUAAAACAAUCCCGAAUUGUUUAAAAAAGUGGCCAAACCUAACUUAUGAUGCGUCAUCGAAAAACAGCGGUCUUUACGACGCGGAGUUCAUAUUGGUCGAGAUGCUUGACUGUUGCCUGGUCGUAUAUCAUCCAUAUCGCCCUCUGAGCACUAUGUUGCAGGUCGCGAACGAUUCGCUUAGAAGUGACUGUUGCCUACUUUAUCCACCCCAUAUAAUUGCUAUUUCUUGUGUUAUUGUUGGAGCUGAACUCAUGAAUAGAGAAAAAGAUAUAAAGAUGUGGUUGCCGGAAUUAUCAGCAGAUUUCGAGAAAGUCUACGACUGUGUGAACACAAUCUUCAGCAUGUACAAAACGUGGAAAACGUUUGAUGAGAAAGAACAUGUAAAGCCGCUAUUCGAUAAGUUACCAAAAAUCAAUGCAGGACCGUCGUUCUAG